CAGAGUCGAGGCUUCAAAGACCUCUGGGACUUCCUUCAUUGCUCACAGAAGCCUCCUGCACCCUCGUGAUGGCACAGAGGGACUAUUUUCUUAUUCUUGGUCUGAAUGACUGCCAAGGAAGAAGGCAAAGGUGGAACAGUUGGAUCUCUGGCUCUUCCCAUGGCUUCUGAUCUCAGGUCUUAUUAGCCCCCUUCUGGGCUCAAGGACAAAGUUCCCGGAAACAAUUAAUUUUGAGUCAUGAAUGAAAAAACUUGCUCCUUCCAUAAUGAGGAAGAAUUAAGAGAUGUAAAGGGUGAAGGGGUGUCUGUUGAGUACUCUCCAUCAUCUGACAAGGAGAACAGUGCUCUGUCAGCUUUCAGAGGAAUUCCUAUCGCAGAGCUGAAGAACCACAGCAUCCUCCAGGCUCUGGCCACAGAAGCUACUGGAUGGGAGCCACAUGUCGUGAGGGCAGAGGUGCUCAGAGCUCAAGAAGAAUGGGAAGCUGUGGACACCAUCCAGCCGGAGACAGGGAGCCGGGCCAGCUCAGAGCAGCCUGGGCAGCUGAUCUCCUUCAGUGAGGCCCUGCAGCAUUUCCAGACUGUGGACCUCUCCUCCUUCAAGCAAAGAAUCCAGCCGACUGUUCGAAGGACUGGGCUCGCCGCCCUCCGGCACUACCUCUUCGGGCCUCCAAAGCUCCACCAGGGCCUUCAGGAAGAAAGGGACUUGGUCCUGACCAUUGCUCAGUGUGGCCUGGAUAGCCAAGACCCAAUACAUGGCCGAGUCCUGCAGACCAUCUACAAGAAACUGACCGGUUCCAGGUUUAACUGCGCACUCCUUGGAGAGCACUGGGAGGACCUGGGCUUUCAGGGAGUGAACCCAGCCACGGACCUGAGAGGCGCAGGCUUCCUUGCCCUCCUGCAUCUGCUCUACCUGGUGAUGGACUCGAAGACCUUGCUGAUGGCACGGGAGAUUUUCCGCCUGUCUCGUCAUCAUGUCCAGCAAUUCCCUUUCUGCUUGAUGUCUGUGAACAUCACCCGCAUUGCCAUCCAGGCCUUGAGGGAGGAGUGUCUCUCCAGGGAGUGCAACCGGCAGCAGAAGGUCAUCCCAGUGGUGAACAGCUUUUACGCUGCCACAUUCCUCCACCUGGCACAUGUCUGGAGGACGCAGCGGAAGACCAUCUCAGACGCGGGCUUUGUCCUCAAAGACUUGGAAGUGUUGGCCAAGAAGAGUCCACGGCGGCUGCUGAAGACCCUGGAGACCCACUUGGCCAGGGUGUCCAAGGGACAGGCCUCCUUUUUGGGAGCACAGAAGUGCGGUGGGCCGCAAGCUCCUCACUCCAAGGAUCUCACCUUCACAGGUGUGUGUGACCUGCAGUCUCACCCCUCUGAAGGCACGUGAUGCAUCUGACUGAUGUGGAAACUGGCUGAUGGGAUAUUUGAAGGCCGAGCCGCAGGGGCUUUCCGAGUGUGGCAAACCGUGUCAGGAGCACCUGGCUGGGCCAAGCCCCUUUCUGUCUCAGCCGGUGGUCAGUAGGAAGCCCCUGGCCUAGUUGAAGAAAGCAAGUACUCUCACCAGCAUGAGACCCCAGAGGCAGCUAGGCUUGGCCCACCCACCGCAGACCUACCUCAGAGCAAGGAGAAAUUGCCUCAGUCUCUGCUGGGCUCCAGUCUAUGGGGCUGAGUUCCGGGCUGACUCAAGGGGAGUGAGAGGAUGGCAGGGUGGGACAGCCGCAUCGGGGUGUUCCACACUACCCCACAUCGAAGGAAGUUCCUGAGUAGAGGCAGCCAGAAUUCUGACUCACCGGCCCAGGGCUUUGAGGCCUGGGUAGUUAGAAUUCAGAGGAUGACAGCAGGGCAGCAGCCAACAGAGGGGAGGGUAACCCCUAGCUCAGACUUGCAGCCUGAGGCCUCAGCUGGGGUGAGGGUGGGGGGAAGAGAGCUUCCUGUCCUCCAUCCACCAGAUCCUCCAGGCCCUACCUUAGCCCACCCUCUUCUCCCCAGCCCCUCCCCUGCGUUGCUUAUGAUCUAGAAACCGGUACUUGGCUAGGGAUUGUCCAUGGCAGCUCCAUCCCAGGCCUCGGCAAGCUGGAUAUCCUCCCGUAGAGGACGUGUGCAGACCAGCAGCUUUUAAAUAAAGAAUUGCUCUAGUUUCAGGCCCGCA